AAAAAUCCUGCAAAAAUGUCUCUGUAUCCAUCUCUUGAAGACCUGAAAGUAGACAAAGUAAUUCAGGCUCAAGCUGCCUUUUCUGCAAACCCUGCCAACCCAGCAAUUUUGUCAGAAGCUUCUGCUCCCAUUGCUCAAGAUGGAAGUCUCUAUCCUAAACUGUAUCCGGAGCUCUCUCAGUACAUGGGCCUGAGUCUAAAUGAAGACGAAGUACGUGCAAAUAUGGUCAUGGUCCUUGGAGAACCAGUGCAGGGGUUGGUUGUAAGACCUUCCAGUGUGAACUAUAUGGUGGCUCCUGUAACUGGUAAUGAUGUUGGAAUUCGAAGAGCAGAAAUUAAGCAAGGGAUUCGUGAAGUUAUUUUGUGUAAGGAUCAAGAUGGAAAAAUUGGCCUCAGACUUAAAUCAGUAGAUAAUGGUGUAUUUAUCCAGCUAGUCCAAGCUAAUUCUCCAGCAUCAUUGGUUGGUCUGAGAUUUGGGGAUCAAGUACUCCAGAUUAACGGUGAAAACUGUGCAGGCUGGAGCUCUGAUAAAGCACACAAAGUGCUCAAACAGGCUUUUGGAGAAAAGAUUACUAUGACUGUUCGUGACAGGCCCUUUGAACGGACUAUUACCAUGCAUAAGGAUAGUUCUGGACAUGUUGGCUUUAUCUUCAAAAAUGGAAAAAUAACAUCCAUAGUGAAAGACAGCUCUGCAGCCAGAAAUGGUCUUCUCACAGAACAUAACAUCUGUGAAAUCAAUGGACAGAACGUCAUUGGUUUGAAGGACUCUCAAACUGCAGACAUACUCUCAACAUCUGGGACUGUAGUUACUAUUACAAUCAUGCCAGCUUUUAUCUUUGAACAUAUUAUUAAACGGAUGGCACCAAGCAUUAUGAAAAGCCUGAUGGAUCACACCAUUCCUGAAGUUUAAAGGUCAAGUCAUAAUGGAAACUUAGCUGAACUACUUCACUGCAGUUUACUUCUUCAGCAACUUCUGUAUUAUG